UAGUGAAUGCCGGGUCCGAGGGGGAGAGCGGAUAUAGUGAAUGCAGGGUCCGGGGAGAGCAGAUAUAGUGAAUUCAGGGUCCGGGGAGAGCGGAUGUAGUGAAUGCGGGGUCCGGGGAGACCGGAUAUAGUGAAUGCAGGGUCCGGGGAGACCGGAUAUAGUGAAUGCAGGGUCCGGGGAGAGACCGGAUACAGUGAAUGCGGGGUCCGGGGAGAGCGGAUACAGUGAAUGCGGGGUCCGGGGAGAGCGGGGGAUACACCGGGGCGGGGAGAGCGGAUAUAGUGAAUGCGGGGUCCGGGGAGAG